CCUCCCAGCUAGCCGAUGGCCAUGGUUAUCCUCCCAUUCUUCCUCCUGCUCCUCCUGCCUCUCGCCGCUGCCCAAAUAGGGCACUUCUGCGGCAUUAGGGACAACUACACAUCAAACAGCACGUACCAAGCCAACCUCAGGUUCCUCUCAUACACUCUCCCCAAGAAGGCUGCAUCCAGCACCACCCUGUUCGCCACUGACACUGUAGGCGAUGCUCCCGACACCAUCUUCGCCCUCACACUCUGUCGCGGGGACAUGAAUGCCUCCGCCUGUAAGGACUGCGUGGCUACCGCCUUCGAGGACGGGCCGCGUAUCUGUCCGUACAAUAAGAAUGCCACCUUGUUCUACGAUCCCUGCCUGCUCAAGUUCUCCAACCAUAAUUUUCUCACCAGCACCGAUAACAGUGAGCUCAUUGCCUACGUGAACGUCCAGAACUUCACCACUGUUGUCAGAUUAUGGCUAACAACCACAAGCAUCGACUCCACCAGGCGCUUGUUAUUCACGCUUCUCAACACCACGGCCCAGUUGGCCACGGAUAUCACGAGUAGGUUCACAACCUCGCGUUUAGAUGUCAGUUCCUUUCCGACGCUGUACUGCCUUAUGCAGUGCACGCCGGACCUGACCACCGACGACUGCGGGGUGUGUUUCCAGGAUGUCUUGCAGUAUACUUUGAAAUACCUCGUCGGUAAGGCAGGUGGUCAAAUUUAUGGAGUACGGUGUAAGAUGAGGUACGAGAUUUACCAAUUCUUCCAAGGGGACCCUAUGCUGAGUAUCACCAAUUUGGCCGCUGAAGUUCCGGCGACCAACAACACGGCGCCAGGGCCGACGCCAGUUACUGUGUAUGGUUCACCACCGGUGCCACCAGCUGCUGCGCCACCUCCGGAGCCGGUGGUACAGACGACUGUCGAACAAGACGGCCACAACUCAAGAAAGAGGGCUCUAUUGAUUAUUGCUGUCAUCGCUCCAUUAUUAUCAUUAUUUAUGUGUUUCAUCUGCUCCUUCAUGUGGUUGAGAAGACGUAGAAAAGGAAAUACAGACUUGCACAAUGAAGCUGCCAGGAAUAUAACUGAAGAAAACGCACUGGUUUGGAGAUUGGAAGAGAAGAGUUCAGAGUUCACUCUGUUCGAGUUUUCAGAAAUAUUGCAGGCUACACGCAACUUCUCCAAAGAAAGCCUGCUUGGGCAAGGUGGUUUCGGCCCUGUCUACAAGGGCCAACUACCAGAUGGAAUGGAAAUUGCAGUUAAAAGGCUUGCCUCACAUUCAGGACAGGGUUUCACAGAAUUCAAAAAUGAAAUUGAACUUAUUGCAAAACUACAACACAAUAAUCUGGUCAAGCUGAUUGGAUGCUGUAUUCAUGGAGAGGAGAAACUUUUGGUGUACGAAUAUUUGCCAAAUAAAAGUUUGGACUACUUUAUCUUUGAUGGAAAUAGAACAACUUUGGUUGAUUGGAAUAAAAGACGUGUGAUAAUUGAAGGGAUAGCUCAAGGUCUUCUGUAUCUCCACAAGCACUCUCGGCUGCGCAUCAUACACAGAGACCUUAAGGCCAGCAACAUUCUCUUGGACCAAGACAUGAAUCCUAAAAUUUCUGAUUUUGGCCUAGCAAAAAUUUUCAGCUCUAAUGAUAUACAAGGAAGCACAAAGAGGGUAGUGGGAACAUAUGGUUACAUGUCUCCGGAGUAUGCAUCUGAAGGCAUAUACUCAAUCAAAUCUGACGUUUUCAGCUUUGGUGUGUUACUUCUUGAGAUCCUUAGCGGAAAAAGGAAUUCUGGUUUCCAUCAAUAUGGAGACUUUCUCAACCUCCUUGGAUAUUCAUGGCAGCUCUGGGAAGGUGGAAUAUGGAUUGAGCUUCUAGAAUCAUCAAUUGCCAAGGAGAUCCAUAUAACCGAGGCUAAGAGGCACAUUAACAUCGCACUGAUGUGCGUACAGGAGAAUGCAGAUGAUCGACCCACCAUGUCAGAAGUUGUUGCAAUGUUAAGCAGCGAGAGUGUUGUUCUUCCAGAGCCUAAUCAUCCUGCCUACUUUAACCUAAGGGUAUCUAAGGUACAUGAAUCGGCUAGUGUUGUUGUUCCAUGCAGUAACAAUGAUGUAACCAUCACUGCCGAGCCAGAUGGCAGAUAGUUGAUCACUUUGUCUCAGUAGUUAAUGCAAGAACUAGAAAUCAAACUCAUGUUAAUUGUACAAUAAUUGAAGCAAGAAUGUACAUGUGUUAAUUACUGUA